AUGAGCACACAGACCAGCACGGCUCACUCGGGAGCGACCGCCGCACAUCCACCUGUCCCAGCUCUCCCGCUCGAGACUUCAUCGCCUUCGACUCCCGAAUCCCUCGACAAGGCCGACAACGACUCGCCGAGACUCGGUGGGGCGGGAGACGGGGCUGAGGGAGGACAGGGCGCGGACGGGCCGGUUGAGGCGGAUCGAGAAGCGGUGCGCGGUGAGGAGGAAGACCCUCGGUUGGUCGAGGGGUCAGGACUGGCGGGAUGGUUCAUGCGGCACGCGCGGGCGAAGAAGCGGCCAAGUCAACCUGUGAACGGCUCGGAUGGGCAUGCAGAGGCGGGCGACUCGUCAGAAUACCACUUUGUCAAGCCCGAGUUCCGCGACUUGCCCAUCCUCUCCGGUCUUGUCUGCCCUUUCAGCGUCCUGCUUGACAUACCCGGCCUGACAACCCGCUGGUACAUCCGCACCGAAGGCUACAACAUCAUCGAGACUCAGCCCAACCCCGCUUUGCUCGACGUCGGCCAAGCGAUCUCCCUCGCCUUCGGCGUUGUAGCCAAUGCCGCUCUAGUCUGGCGCUUCCUCGAACACCGGCCUCGAAUCUGUACCUGGGUCGCCAUCGUCGCUCUCACGAUGCACGACGCGCUCAAUAUCACCAUCGUCACGUGGUUCGGAGUGGCGCACCGUUUUUCCGACGGAUUCACGUACGGAGACGCCUUCUGGCUGAGCGUCGCCUCAACAGCCGCCAGCACCUUCUGCAACAUCACCCUCGCACUCGACCUCGCCCGCACAAAGGACUUUGACAAGAAAGGCAGCGGGUUGACGGAGAAACAGCGCACGUUGGUGAUCGCGACAAUGGUCUUCUUCGUUUACCUCUCGCUCGGAGCUCUGUGCUUCUCGUACCUCAUCGGCGGGUUGACGUUCAUCGACGCGUUGUACUUUGUCUGCUGCACGGUGACAUCUGUCGGCUUCGGCGACAUCGUCCCCCUAACCGCCGGCGCCCGCGUCUUCUGCAUGCUCUACGCCUCAAUCGGUCUCGUCCUCCUCGCUCUAACCAUCGCCGUCGCACGCGAGACGAUAAUCGAGACUUUCGAAGCCAACUACCGUUCGAGGAGGGACAAGUUGGCUGAGCGCGCGAGGGCGAGGAAGGAGGAGGCUAGGAGGAGGGCGGUCGAGGGGAGGGAGAGGAGGAGGAGGGUGUUGGAGGAGGCGGCGAGGCAGGGACGGACUGCGGGGGAGGGGGAGGCGCUGGAAGGAGGAGGAGCGGCGGGUGGAGGGAGAGGUGGCAGAGCGGCGGUGAUGGGCAGGAAGGACGGGUCGAAGGAGGAACGGGUUGCGCUUGACAUGCCCACGCGGACUUUGACCUUCUCGGCGCCGACUCUGCCGGAGGACGACCAUGUUCCCGCCGACUCGCUCCUUCACCGACUCCGACGGACCGUCUCCCGCCCCUUCCAUGAUGCCGCUAAAGAAGUCGACUUCCGCCGAAGCCUCAAAGACUUCCGCUCGGGCGCCUCACUCGCACGCCGAUCCUCCAUCUCCAGCCUGUCCUCCUCCCUCACCACAUCCUCUCUCGACGAAUCCUUUCGCUCUCUCAAGGACCAACUGGUCCGUGAACAGCGGGAAGAGUUCCGCAUCAAGUUGGGCAUCUCGUUUGGGCUGUUCUUGAUUUUUUGGUUGGGAGGAAGCGCGAUCUUUAUGGUCACGGAGCGCUGGACGUAUGGUGUGGCGCUGUACUUCUCGUGCACCUACUUCUUGACCAUCGGGUUCGGCGACUACUCGCCCAAGUCAGCCGCCGGACGCGCUUUCUUCGUCGCAUGGGCGUUGCUCGGAGUCGCUAACAUGACGCUCUUGCUUUCAGUCCUGACCGAAUCCUGGUCGUCUCGCUACAAAUCCUCGAUCGACGACGGGCGGCUGAAGAAGACGAUGCGCCGCCUCGACCUCCGCAAGAAACCCGACGCAUCCGGCAGCAACCCCAACUCGUCUUCCGUCUCGCUCCUCGCCUCGGAGGGCUACACCGUUCCUUCUCAGCCUAUCCCGCCACAUGAGUUGCCCGAAAAGAUCGUCGAGACAAUCAAGGGUUUCCACAAGCACGCGAGGUACUUCCUCCUCGGCCGUACAGGCGACCCGCCUCCUCAACUGCGGUUUCUGCUUGAAGCGGCGGACGAGGUGGAUGAGAAGGUCGAGUCGCUAGUGGCGGGCGGUGCGACGAGUCUUGCGGACUCGGGCGCUCAGGGCGAUACCAAGCACUACCUGUUCAUGAUUUCCUACGAGCGCCAAUUCGACGCCCUCGUCGACUCGGCCGAACAGCUCUCGCAAGCGAUCAAAACAACCACCGCCGAACUCGAAGCGCUGAACGUCGAGAACGACCGCCUGCGAGCCGAGUUGCUCCAGCUCCAGGCUGAGCAUUCGGCUUGCGAGCCCCCGCAGGCGCAGGCGCCUGUUCGACAUAUCCCGUUCCCGUUCGUGCAUCGUCCGCCGGGUGGAUUUGGGGAUGAGGAGGUCGAGGAGGAGCUGGUGGAGGCGGUGGAUGAGGCGGAUGACCAGAGCACGAUAAGGAAGACGCAGAGCGAGGGAGGGUGA